AUGCCUCCUAGAAAUUUAACGACAAUUAGUCCGCAUAUUGGCAAUUCUGAUCCAAGUUCUGUCUCAAGCGAUGACAAUUCCAACUUCAAUGAGGAAAACCCCUUUAAUCAUGAAAUCUCAACGUCAGAUUUCCAUGAUCCAUAUACUAAUCAUAGCUAUGAUGACUCGUCUCUAUCAAACAACAACUCCCAAUCCAAUCUUAAUCCUAAUGUCCCCGUCUUGAAUCCAAAGGAAUCUCUCUCAAGCUCCCCUGAAAUCAAGCAACAUGCUCUCGGAUACAACUCUUCCUUUAGAGACUCUACCUCGUCAUCGCUAUUGAACCCAUUUGCAUCAACUAACCGGUUGAGCACAUUAGCAAACGAAAAUAAAGCCAAUGAAUAUGAUAGAUAUCCAAAGAACCUGUCCAAUUCAAGAAUUAAUUCAAUGCAUUCACUCAACACUAAACAACAACAACAACUUCACCAAUACGCUCGUUCACCUAAUACAGACUCAGAUAUAGAUUCCAAUGAAAGCGGAAGCUCAAAUCCAUUUAUGAUUGAUACGGACUUCUCACCCUUUGGAGGCUAUCCUGCCUCAUCCUUCCCUUUGUUGAUUGACGAGAAGGAAGAUGAUGACUACCUGCAUAAUCCAGAUCCAAUUGAAGAUGCAGAAUAUGAGAAACAUAGAAUGUGGUAUGAUUUCAAGGCAAUGGAUACAAAAUCAGGGUUUGCUUUAGGAGGCGUGCUGUUUUUCGUUUUUGGUGGAUUGGCCCUUUUCGUUAUUUUACCGGCGUUAACCUAUACAGAUGCAGCCCAUCAUCAUGAUAAAAUCAGUUCGGGUAAAAUGUUGGCGUCUCUUGUAGGUUCUAAUGCAGAAUCAAAAAAUGGUGGUAUUGUUCUACUAACACAAUAUGUGUAUCCUACUUUGUCGGCAAUUAGAACCUCUCUAGUCGACCCAGAUACACCAAAGGAUGCAUAUACUAGAAAAAGUCGUACCGGUGAUGAAUGGCAGUUGGUUUUCUCUGAUGAAUUUGCUGCUGAAGGUCGUACCUUCUAUGAUGGUGAUGAUCAAUUCUGGUAUGCUCCGGAUUUCCAUUAUGAUGCAACCAAAGAUUUGGAAUGGUAUGAUCCAGAUGCUGUCACCACUGCUAAUGGUUCUCUUGUUUUAAGAAUGGAUGCAUUUAGAAACCAUAAUUUGAAUUAUAGAUCAGGAAUGUUGCAUUCUUGGAAUAGGCUGUGUUUCACUCAAGGUGUUAUGGAGGUCUCUGCUAAAUUACCAAAUUACGGUAAUAUCACAGGUCUAUGGCCAGGUAUGUGGUCAAUGGGUAACUUAGGUCGUCCCGGAUAUAUGGCUACCACCGACGGUGUUUGGCCUUACUCUUAUGAAUCAUGUGACGCGGGUAUUACUCCUAACCAGUCAUCUCCUGAUGGUAUUAACUAUUUGCCAGGUCAACGGUUGAACGUUUGUACUUGUAAAGGUGAAGACCAUCCAAACCCAGGUGUUGGUAGAGGUGCUCCUGAAAUUGAUAUUCUUGAAGGUGAAGUCGACACUAAUAUUAGAGUCGGUGUUGCAUCUCAAUCCAUGCAAAUUGCUCCUAUGGAUAUUUGGUAUAUGCCGGAUUACAACUGGGUUGAGGUUUACAAUGCUUCCAUUACUAGUAUGAACACCUAUGCUGGUGGUCCAUUCCAACAGGCAGUCUCUGCUGUUUCCACCUUAAAUACUGAUUGGUAUGCCCUGGGUGAGGGAGAGAGGUAUUUCCAAAAGUAUUCCUUUGAAUUCCUGAAUGAUGAUGAUACAGGAUAUUGUACUUGGUAUGUUGGUGACAAUCCAACUUUCACUGUACAUGCAAAUGCUUUGGCACCAAAUGGUAAUAUUGGAUGGCGUAGAAUCUCAAAGGAACCAAUGUCAAUGAUUCUGAAUUUUGGUAUCUCACAGAACUGGGCGUACAUUGAUUUCCCAUCAAUUGUUUUCCCAUCUUACUUUGAAAUUGAUUCGGUGAGAAUUUACCAACCAAAGGAUCAAAUCAGCGUUACCUGUGACCCACAUGACUAUCCAACUUAUGACUAUAUUGAAAAACAUCCAUUGGCUUACAAAAACUGGAACAAAACCAGUUGGACCGCUGCUGGUUAUUCCGUACCUAAGAAUUCUUUGGUUGGCUGCUGA